AUGGAAGGCCUCGAACAGACUCUCCGAUCAGUCCUCCAGCCGGUCACUCACAACCUGCCCAAGCCCAUCAGCGACGCCGCGACUCAACUGCUGGGCGAUUCCUGCUACCGCUCGCUCGUGCACAAUGUCACCAUCACCGACACGGUCUGCCUGAAGCUCGCAAUCUCCAAGGCCCUGGGUAUCGCCAUCAUCGGCGCCUCCUCAAUCGUCAAGAUCCCGCAGCUCCUGAAGCUGCUCAACUCCCAAUCCGCCGAAGGCAUCAGCUUCCUCUCCUACCUCCUGGAAACGGCGAGCUACCUCGUGACCCUGAUAUACAAUGUGCGGAAUCACUUUCCCUUCAGCACGUAUGGAGAGACGGCUUUGAUCGCGAUUCAGAAUGUCGCCAUCAGCGUCUUGGUGUUGCAGUACUCGGGGAAAGCACCUGCCGCUGCCGUCUUCAUUGCUGGGUUGGCAUCAGCUGGAUACGCUCUUUACAGCGAUAGCAUUACGCCAGUGAAUACGCUACAAUAUAUUCAGGCGGGAGCUGGACUCUUGGGAGUCGCGAGCAAACUUCCCCAAAUUAUCACCAUCUUCCGAGAAGGUGGAACUGGUCAACUCUCUGCUUUCGCGGUAAGCAGUCUCACCUGCCAAAGCAGGCCUCAGCUUACGUGUUGAUACUGAUUGCUACUGUCACAGGUCUUCAACUACCUCGCAGGAUCACUUGCGCGUAUCUUUACGACCCUUCAAGAAGUUGACGACAAGCUCAUCCUGUACGGCUUCCUUUCUGGAUUUGCAUUGAACUUGGUCCUAGCCGCUCAGAUGCUCUACUAUUGGAACAGCCCGAGUAGCAAGCAGACCACCCAAACCAAGCUGAAGCCAUCCGGCAAAAAGGCUGCCGCGCAGGUCACGGGCGUGAAACAGGCUACUGAUGCCAAACCUAAUCAAAGCAAACCGUCUACCCGAAGGCGCGGAUAA